AUGCCCUCGCUCAUAAAUGGCCCUCUUGCUGUCGACGAUAAUGGCAGCUUUCUCGAUUCCUUCAACAGAAAGCUCACCCUCAAGGGCAUCAACCUAGAUGCUUCAGCAAAGCUACCUUUCUCUCCUUUCAUUCCCACUGACUACCCCAUUGGCGACAACAAUUCUCAUCCCUCCCACGACAAGAUUUUUUACGAUGCUGACCAUGUCUCCUUUGUUGGUCGUCCCUUUCCCAUAUCUGAAGCUCACUCCCAUAUCUCCAGAAUCAAAUCCUGGGGCUUCAACACAAUAAGAUACAUAAUAACUUGGGAGGCAAUAGAACACUUAGGGCCUGAUAUAUACGACGAAGACUUUGUUGACUAUACCAUAGAAAUCUUGAAAAUCAUCCACAAUAUCGGCGGCAUGUACGUCUUUAUUGAUCCCCAUCAAGAUGUCUGGUCAAGAUUUACUGGUGGAAGUGGUGCUCCUCUCUGGACCAUUUAUGCUGCAGGCUUUGACCCAAAAAGCUUCCAAAAGACUGAUGCUGCAAUUCUACAUAAUUACUAUAAUAAUGAUGAUCCAGGUAAUUUCCCUAAAAUGAUCUGGUCAACCAAUUAUCAAAGAUUGGUAGCUUCAACUAUCUUCACCUUAUUUUUUGCUGGCAAAAUCUUUGCUCCCAAUUGCAUCAUUGAUAAUCAAAAUAUCCAAGAUUAUUUACAAUCCCAUUUUAUUAACGCAGUUCAUUAUUUCAUCAAUAAAAUUCACUCAACUCAACCAGAUUUGUUCAACCACACCAUAUUUGCCGUCGAAUCUUUAAACGAACCAAGCUCGGGCUUAAUAGGCAACCAAAACAUCAAUGUUUUUCCCAAAUCUCAACCUUUGAGAUUGGGUACCUCUCCAACUGUUUUGCAAACUUUUCAGCUAGGUAUGGGCAUCCCUCAAACCGUUGAUACUUAUGAAAUUUCGGUUUUCGGUCCAAAGAAAACUGGCUCAACUUAUAUUGAUCCAAAGGGCACUAUAGCCUGGUUAAACACCGAUCAAUAUGAUAUAAAAUAUGGUUUUAAAAGACAUCCAUCCUGGAAACUAGGCUCCUGUAUUUGGGCUCAGCACAACGUUUGGGAUCCAAUUAAUAACACUCUUUUAAUUCCUGAUUAUUUUGGUAAAAAUCCCAUUACCGGCGAAAAAAUUGAUAAAUUUGUCUUUACAAAUACCUUUUUCCUAGAUUUUUUCCUAGAUUUCUAUAAUAAAAUAUCUUCAAUCAACAAUCGUUUAUUCAUAAUAAUGCAAUCCCCCGUUCUACAAAUCCCUCCAAAUUUAUUAAACUUGGACAGCGACUCCCCUUACUAUCCCCUAAAAUUGUCUAAAAAAUUAAUCUUUUCUCCUCAUUACUACGAUGGCAUGUCUCUAAUGUUCAAAACUUGGAACAGGCGUUAUAACGUCGACACUCUAGGUAUAAUGCGUGGCCGUUAUCUGAAUCCAAUUUUUGGUAUAGUCUUUGGUGAAAACAAUAUUCGAAAAUGUUUCCGUUCCCAAUUUAUUGAAAUCAAAAACGAAUCCUUUGAUAACCUUGGUGUUCAUGUUCCAAUUAUUAUGUCUGAAACUGGUAUGCCCUUUGACAUGGAUAACAAACAGGUCUAUAAAUCAAAAAACGGCUCUUUUGACUCUCAAACUGAUGCUUUAGAUGCACUUGGUUUUGCUUUAGAAGGAUCCAAUAUGUCCCACACUUUUUGGGCUUAUUCAUCGAUUAAUUCUCACAAAUGGGGCGAUAGAUGGAAUUGUGAAGAUUUUUCCUUUUGGUCAAAAGAUGAUCAAUACCACUCCAAAACUUUAAACUCCAUUGAACUAAUUCAUUCAAAUAAUGAUAAAUCAAAUAAGGACAACUUUUUUAUUUCAAGCGCUUCAAAAUCAUCAACUACAUCUCCCGAUGGUGUGCGUGCUAUCAAUUCAAUUAUUAGACCUUAUGCAUUAGCUAUAAAUGGUAAAAUUCAAACUGCAGAAUUUUCUUAUAAAAAUAAAGAAUAUACAUUAACUGUACAAUCAGAUAUUGAUUGUACACAAAACUCUAAUAAUAACGCUAAACCUUCUUUAAUCUAUUUACCAGAGUGGCAUUUUGAAAUAAAUAGUGAAGAAAGUUUAGUAGUAGAAUUUUCUGGAACUGAUUGUAACUCAAAUGAUUAUGCUAUUGAUCAUGAUUUACAAGUAUUAAAAUGGUAUCAUGGAUUAGGUAAACAAACAAUAAAAAUCAAAAACUUGCAAAAUUCAUCCAAUUAUGACGAAUUCUCAAAUUAUGGUUCAAGUUCAGUUUUCAAUUAUUCUUGUAAUGUUCCCGAAUACUGUCGUAUUACUUGA